AUGGCUCCUAUUAACGCGAAUGACAUUAACGAUGCCAAGGCUUUUGUGCCAGCUAAGAAAGCUUUGCCUGAGGUCGACACCGAAGGAUCCAAUGGAAAUGGGAUUACAUCUAAAGGGUACUCCUAUGAAACCUUAUUGGAGAUCGCGAACUUUUUGCUCUCCCGCGUCUCCGACAAGCCACACAUCGGCAUAAUUUGCGGCUCUGGGAUGGGUUCGUAUUGGAAAGAGGGUUCCUUAGCUGAAACCAUCUCAGAUGCCGUCAAAAUUUCCUACGAAGACAUUCCUAACUUCCCCGUGAGCACUGUUGAGGGUCACCACGGCCAGCUGGUGUUCGGCAAGAUCUGUGGAGUGCCGGUAGUGGCCAUGCAAGGCCGUUUCCACUACUUCGAGGGAUACCCACUAUGGAAGUGCUGUUUACCAGUACGCGUUAUGAAGCUUAUUGGAAUCAAGACCCUGAUUGUGACGAACGCCGCUGGCGGUCUCAACCCAAACUAUAAGGUCGGAGACAUCAUGAUCGUAAAAGACCAUAUCAACAUGAUGGGAUUCUCCGGCAAUAACCCCCUGCACGGACCCAAUGACGAGAGAUUCGGACCGCGUUUCCCACCUAUGAGCAAAGCCUACAACUUGGAAUACAGAAAGAUCGCCAAAGAAAUUGCCAAAGAAUUAAACAUCGACGACAUAGUCCGCGAAGGAGUAUACACAUGUCUUGGAGGACCAAACUUCGAGACUGUAGCAGAAUUGAACAUGUUGAAGAUGGUGGGAGUCGAUUCAGUCGGCAUGUCAACCGUUCAUGAGGUAAUCACUGCAAGACACUGCGACCUUAAAGUAUUUGCUCUCUCCCUCAUUACGAACGAGUGUGUGACGAGCUAUGACAUUAUCGGUGAAGCCAACCACGAGGAGGUCCUCGACGUAGGCCGCAUGCGACAGGACGUCUUACGUCAGUUUGUGUCCAGGCUUGUCGACAGGAUCACUCAACUCGACGCCAACAACCCCUGAACAACGCUAGCAAACACAGUGAACCACAAAGAACCUCUACAACCAAGAUUAUAGAUUAUAAAGCUCUCAGUUUUACUUUUUAAGCUCUAGGGUUGUUCCACUAAUCAGUAGAGGCUAUUAUAGAUUUUAAUAUAUUUUAUAGAAUUAGAGAUCCCUGUUUUGUGUCUUGUCUACUUUAAUUAUCUACUUCUUACAUUUACGCGACAUUAUUGUCUGCUUUAUCGAAUAAGUAUAUUUAUAUGUAAACUUUACAAAACUGUUUAUAUAAUUUAAGGUUAUUUUAUUUAUACGUUACAAUGAUUGUUUCUAAGAUUUUUAUACGAAUGCUGUGUAAUAAAUAGAUCUUAUAAAAUAGGCGUAACUAGCUAAUUGAUGUGAGGAGUUGGACAAACUGACAUGUGUUCCAAGUUGUGUUUAGACUAAUUACUAUGGAGAUGUAAGUACUAAAUACCUAAGUACAAAAAAUAAAUAUAACUGAAAAUACGUAA